GUAUGUCAUGGGAAACAUCCACCAACGCAUUUUUUAUCCUCGAUUCACGGGCAUCCUCAAGAGGAGAGCCCUCGCCAAGACGAAAAUUAGUCUAUUUCUCGGCUGCGGCCGACCUUACUGCUUUCAGAGCCUGGAGCCCAGCACAGCGACCAGCCAGAUCCAACAAAACCACCGUGAUUGAUAAUGGAUACCUCGGGACCAGUCCGUCAGCGAGUUGGUGGGAGGCGACGGAUUUUUAGAGGCUCCCGUCCCUUCUGUUGAAGCAAACACAGGGACCUGCAACCUCGGGUGUGCGCAAGUUAAGAAAACGACAAGACAGCAAAGCCGCAACUCAAUUGAGGCGUCGACGCACGGGAUACGUUUUCAUACUCUUGAAUUUGCCCCAAGACCAAAGGUGCUCGGCUCAGCGACGCUUGCAGACGGCAUCCAUUCCAGUGGAUCCCCGCCAGAGUCAGCCAGCGCUGCAGGCAGCCCGGUGGAGUCGUCCAAUGGCUUCCCGCAGCUCCAUUUCGCUCAAUUCGCAGCCUUCCGCUUGCCCGAACCCUCCGUGCCUCCCAUCCUGCCCUGAAUGGCGAGAAGACCAGGGGGGUGUCAGGUGGGGAAGGCGGCAGAACACAACGGUCCACAGCGCUACGCUACGGCACAUGUCCUCCUUCACCCAUCCCGGUCCUGUGACGUGCCCUAGACUCAGGGCCCAGGCCCAGUGAGGGGGGAAACGGUGCUUGGUUCCGGGAGCGGGAGGGCCGCCAGUGUUUGACGAUUGCACAUGCCGCCCAGCUCUGCAACCUUCUUCCUCGCUCGAUAAAUACACAUACUCGUCCUUGCUUUCCCAGCCUUGUUCCUUCAGUCUCGACUCCGGUUUCUCUGUAACCACAGAGGCUUGCUGUACCGAGUCAAUCACCAUACAAUCGUAACACUCCUGACGCUCGCCGAGCUCGCCAGAUGAAACCGGCCCCAAGUUGAUACCGUCGUCUUAUCGCAUGUGAUCCCCUACCUAACCACUCGACGCCACCCAGGCAGCCUUAGCUGUCAUCCCUCACCACUGUCUGCUACGUUGGAUACAUAAGCAUACAGAACCCACGGGACGCCCUAUUGAGAUACGGCCUUGUCAAAAAAAAAGGCAGCCAAGGAAAAAAUGACGGCAGCUUCAACAGCAACCAUCAGUCCCCCAGACGUUAGGGGGAUAGUAGGUCCGCUCCUACCCUCGCUCCCGGGAGCCGCAGUCGCCACCGAGCCGGCUGCUGCCAUCCUCCCGCUCCUUUCGCCCAUCCUCCGUCAGCGCGUCCAGCUGCUGUCUGCCGCAAGCACCGAGCCGUGGAUCCGCCUUUUGUCCUACGACACCGCCAAGGCCGCUCGCUUAGCCGAGGUCGCCCGCGGCGACAGCUUCGAGCCGCACCCCGUUUCAGGCGAGGUCGAGGUCGACUGGGACACUGACGUGGAGACCAGAUACCGCCGGCUGGACCACGAGACCCUGCAAGCCCUCGUCGUCCUCGACGCCUUUGGCCUUUUUUUCCGCCUCGUCUAUUGCACGGGCGACCCCCAGGGCGACGGCGACGGUUGGAGGGUCGGCGAGGUCAGCGUCGCGGACCAGCCGUCGCCCUUUGCGUCGUUCGGCGGCAAGCCCAGCAUAACCGACGCCGAGAGCGAAUACAAGGAGGCACUCCAGGCGCGACUGGCUCCUGUCGCAGCCAAGAGCGCGACCAAACAUGACGUAGCGUCAUCGGGCGCCGGAACGAGCGGAGGAUAUGGACAGCAGCCCGAGGAGGAUGACGAUGACGACUAUUGGGCUCGGUACGAUGCGACACCGGCGCGGUCUCCAACGGUAAAGCGAUCGCCCGCCCCAGGGGCCGCACGGCAAGCCCCAGGGGCAAGCACCUCCCACAUGGCGGCUGCAGAGGAAGCGUACUUUGCGCAAUACGAUUCGGUCCAGCCGGCCAUGGACAACCACGACCCGGAUGAGGAGGCCAACCUGGCUGAGGCGGGUGUGGUGGUACCUCCGCUGGGUCUAGCACGGCCGGCAGAGGUGGAGGAGCCGCAGCCAGGCGAGACUCAAGGGGUCUGGACGCUAGCGGGCGGGCCCGAGACGACGGCAUCGUCGCUUGACUCUCACAAAUCGAUCGACGACGAUGAGAAGGAACGCCUGGAGCGGCUGCUACACCCAAGGCCGUCGUCGAGUGCGGCGGGGAGUAGCUCGACCGGCUCCUCCAUGGUGGCCAAGCUCGAGGAGUCGGCGGAGCGACGGGAGCAGAGCGAGUUUGGGAUCAAGCAGCACGUAUCGCGCUCCAUCAAGAGCCUGUUCCUACUGUCGCGCGCCGCCGGUAUCGACAGGGACGAGUUCGAGCGCAUGGUGAAGACGGAGUUGGACGUCCUGGGACUGAUCGAGGAUUAGGACAGGAUGAGUUGGUUGCGGGAUAACAAUGGUUACCUCACUUCAUAUAGGAUCACCGCAUCUGUCAUGUUUACGACAAGCACACUAGACUGCAAGGCGGAGGGAUGGGUGUCUCUCCCUUUCCUUUUGGGUGUUCGGGCUCGGGGCUUGUUAGCAUUGGCGAAUGGCGUCAGGGUUGUGACUUUUGGAAGGGCAAUCUCCAUGCUCGGGAAGCGGACUGUAAUUGUCACACAGAGUAUCGAGAAUGAAGUAUGAAAUAGUUUUGAAUUUUAGUAUAUUCCAGAG